AUGGACGUAGAGUGGACAAACUCGACGCCUCUUCUGCCCGCCUGGUCCAGUUCCAGUUCAUGGAGUCCUGCUCCGAACACCUGGCGCAUCAGUCGUCCUCGAGUCUCCUUGGGCUCAAGCGCAGGCUCAGCCGCGUUGACGACUCCAGCCCAAUCACUAUCUAACGACCCUUACGAUCUUGACGACCCUGUAACGCCCAUAUCCACGCAGCGCCAGCAGCAGCAGCAAAGUUUUUUACGAAGAACACACAUUGAAGCUACCUCGGCUGGCAUCUCACCACCUCCAAAAGUCCGAUUUGCAGACCAGCCAAAAGACGAUACUCAGAAGCCCAUUCAUGGUUUUGAAGACGACCUUGGUACUUCAACUCUUGUAGAAUCCAGUUCUCACCAACACUCGCCCGAAGCCGCGAGACGACCCCACCGUGCAUUACGAAUAUCAAAACGCACCGCAAGUGCUGUCCUUUACGCCCUAGAAGAAGCCUUACGGCGUCCCUAUCCUUUUACCCCAGAUCUCGUCGAGGAGAACGCCUCGAUGUCAGAUCUGUUCGGUGGAGGUCCUUCAGCAUCUGCUGGUAAUGGACGUGGUAACAAUGGCAGCUCUAGAACUCAAGGUGCCCCGGGAGCUACUGGCUCGCCGGGGAUCAAAGGUCCAACUGAUAUAAUGCGCGAGCGACGGGCUCGGGAAGCAAGAAAGAAAGCAGAAUUAGAGGCCAAAGAAGAAUUGGAGAGAGCCAGAGCGGAGGAGGAAGCUAGAGCCAUAGAAGAGAAUAAUCGCAGGGCCGCUGAAAGGAGGGCCGCUACUGCUGCUGGCGCUGCGGCACAACAGAGAGCCGCUGGAGAAAGUGGUCACCGUGGAUCUGGUGGUACCACUGGGCAGAGAAUCUCGGAUAAUUCUCAAAGAUCAGACCGUAGGUCUGGUGGCGAGACUGGCCGUCCCCAAGAAACAUUACAGGGCGUCGGGAGAGGGGGCCGUGCUGUUGGCGGUGGUGAAGCUCCUCCUUCUGCCAGACCCCGUCCAGCUCAGUCACAACAGCAAUCGAGACCUGCCCAGCCCGAAUCAUCACGGCCUAGGCCUCCUCAGCCCCAGCCUAUAGCAACCGGUGCCGGGCCUACGGGUACCCCACGAGCUGAAAGCAUUGCACCAGGAGCAGCUAGGUCAUCAUUUCCCCACGCAUUCGAACGCUGGGAGACAUUAUCCGCCCACUGGGAAGGACUUACGUCGUUCUGGAUUCGCAGACUAGAGGAAAACAGCAAUGAAACUAGCCGUGAUCCUCUAUCUCAGCAACUUUCUCGACAAGUGACUGAUCUAUCAGCGGCAGGCGCUAAUCUAUUCCACGCCGUGGUUGAGCUACAGCGCUUGCGAGCUUCUUCAGAACGCAAGUUUCAGCGAUGGUUCUUCGAGACUAGGGCAGAACAAGAACGUGCCCAGGAGAUCCAGGCAAUGACCGAAGCUAGUCUUGAGCAGGAACGACGAGAGCGCGCUGCAGCCAUUGCCGAUGCAGUUUCCAAGGAAAGAGAGCGGUCGAGUGCCGACAAACAGUUAGCAGAGAUGAAGCGCGAGCUCCAGAUUUCCAAGGAGGAGGCGAGACGUGCAUGGGAGGAACUCGGAAGGCGAGAGCAAGAAGAGCGCGAAAGGACAGCUUCGUUGCGAGACGGCCAACCCACAGUCGUAGGAGGUGUUCAGGUUGUCCCAAUGAUGCCAAGUGUUCCGAGCAGACAUGGCAGCACUCGUGAAGCGCCGCCAACCAGAGAAGAACAAUAUCCCGCGGGAUCUUCUGGAAGCACACAUGAACCCGAAGGCCCCAUCGACAGUGAUAUCGCAUAUCAACAGUACUCCCGAGCCCAGCGAGCUGAGCCUACCGACCCGUUCGUUGAGCAGAGUGUCCCACGAUCCAGUCGAUCUACCCCAGUAGCAAGUCCCCCCGCAACUUCGGCGGCUUAUGGCUAUGAGUAUUCUCAAGCUCCAGCCGUUCAACCAGCCUCAACAUCCGCUUUCUACCAACAACAACAGGGCACAUCACUUCAUCCCGUCGAACUCGACCCAGCACUCGGGCCUUCACCAGGUUCUGAAGGCGCGUUCAGCGACGAAGAGUACGCAAUCAACGAAGAAGGCCAAUUCAUACGAGAUGCCAGGGGCAACAAAGUACGGUAUGAGGCCUCAGUUUCUGAUGGGGGUACGGAUGAAUAUGAGGAGCAUCCAGGCCGGGUGCAACAACAAUAUGCCCCAACGACAAGUGCGGGCCAAGGGCGCGGGGCAACGACUGCUACAGCUGGAAGAGUGGCAGCCCCCUCUGGCCAUCCAUCAACAGAGCCAGGUAUCGACUAUACUGGCGCUGGAUAUGGUACGGGACUUGAAUGGGGGGCGGUCCCUCGUCACCACCAUCCGACGAGAUUGAGCGACGUGUUGGAGGAAGACGAGCGUAGUCGAACAAGCGCAAGUCAGAUCAGCCGGGGGGCUCAAUAA